UUUCACAGCGCAGUUUCGAAUUGGCGGGCAAAGGGCCACAAAAACCACAUCAAAUGAAAAUUCAAAAUAAUUCAAACCGUUCGAAACGUUGAGGCUUCGUGUUCACGCUCUCUCUCUCUCUCUCUCUCUCUCUCUCUCUCUCUCUCUCAUUCAUUGCAGAACUUCUUCAUAGAUUUCCUCUUCGUUGUAGUGAAUUCCUUCCAAUUUCGAUGAAUAAUUCAAGGUAUUGAUCUUGUGUUUUCCCUUUUGAAGCCAUGGAUUUGAUGGAUUUCGAAUCCAUGAAGCGAAGAGAGCUCCAGGCACUCUGCAAAAACCAUGGCUUGCCGGCGAACUCCACCAAUUCUCAGAUGGCACUCAGCCUCGCUUCCCUUCUCCAGAAGAAUGAGAAAAUCAAGUUGAGAGGUUGCUUGAAAGGUUCAGAUGAGAGUAGCCGUGAGAAUUCAGGUCCGAAGAAGGUUAGCUUCUCUUUGGAUGGCGAGGAGUUCGAGUUUGAGAAAUCUCUGGGAAUACCGGAGAAGAGAAGAUCCACCAGGAGAGCUUCUACUGGAGUAAUCAAAGCAAAUGAUCAGAAAACCAGAGUGCCUGAGGUUCCUGCUAGAAUUACAAGGUCUCGGACUGUGGAAGUUUCUCAUCCCACUGCUUCUCAGGAGGAUGAGGGUUUUCAGAGUGAUGAAGGGAAGAAGAGGAAGGAGUCUAGUGUUAUGGAACCUAAUCUAAGAAGUUUGAGGAACAGGGUGGUCAUAUUUUCAGGGAAUGAAUGCGAAUUGCAGGGAAAUCAAAAGCUUAAGAGAAGUCUGAGGAGGGAUGCUGGUAAGCAAAAGGAAAACCCGAAAGUGGAUGCUUUUCAGAAUAUGAAGUUGGGAGGCGAUGGGGGUUUUGAGAAGAAAAUUUCACGGAAAAGAGCACGAGUUGCAGAUGUUGAGGAAGUUCCCCCGUGUAAUACUGAUUAUGGAAACACAAGACCUGAAAGUGAUGACGUUGAUGCCGGAGCUCAAUUUAAAGUAACUCAAUGUGGAGGACCACCUCCAAGGAGAUCGAAACGUGUUCUCUUGAACACUGAAACUAUGGUGUUUGAUGUUGGAGCUGCAAAGAAAGUUGAAGCACUACCACCAAAGAGAUCAACAAGGAGCAGUGUGAAGUGUGGUGUGGAGGAGAGUGAGAUUUCCACUGAUGCAGAGGAGAAAUCAGGAGAUGAAUUUGAUGCAGUUGGUGGAAAGAAGCAGAUGAAAAGUGCAAGUAGCUGGGGUAUUAAAAGCAAAGGUCCAGCGGUAUCUGAGAUUGCUCGUGAAUUCAUUACUGAGAGUACAACUACUGAAGCUCGUGGACAACCAGAGGUGCUGCCAGAGUUUAGGGUUCCCCCACGGAGAACGACACGCAGCUCGUCAAAGCAGGUUGCAAUGGAACUGGUGACCUUGUUACCGGCAUCUGAAAAGCUUGUUGAUGGAAAAGAAACAGCUAGGGCUAGCAAGUUGAGGAAGAAACAUGGGAGCAGAAAACCUUCAGAAAAUCUUUGUCCAAGUGGUGAAACUGAAUCAGCAUUUAAAACUGUAGAAGUUCAAGCAGUUCAUUUUGAAAAAGUUCCAUUGCAUCCAAUGCAGAAUACUUGUAAGAUUGGUGUGGCAGAAUGUGAGGCAACUGAAGGUUUUAAGCAAGUUGAUGAUGUUGCAAGAAGGGAGGAUUCAAUAGCAUCUCCAAGGAUUCAUGCUGAAUCUGAAGCUUUAGCUGUUCCAAAACAAAAGGCAUUGGCAAGACGAUCAACUCGUAAUUCAACCAAGAAUGAAGCACUUUUAACAUCUGCUAUGAAAAAUACCAUUCCAAAAGAAAAAGCGGUGGCAAGGCGAUCAACUCGUCAUUCUACCAAGAAUGAAGCACCUUUAACAACUGUUCCACAAAAUGUGCCAGUUGAGGUUGGCAAGAACAGAAGUACUGCCAAGAGGGCCAGGGAAGUGGUUCCUGAUGAAGAUGCUUCUUAUGUUGAAAGAGAUACCUCUGGAAGAUUUCCUGUUUCAAAAAAUCAGGAAAAUGGCACUAUUGUUGACGGAAAUGACAGGAAACCUGGCUCUCAUGUACCUAAUACCAGAGGCAGUAAGAGUUGCAGGAGAGUUAACUCCAUUGAUGAAGCACCACCAGAUGAACACUCUACAGAUCCACCUCUGAGCUUGUUGGAAGAUUCUUGUCAACAUAUUAUCAUUGGUGAAGGUUCUGCAAGCAAUGUUAGUAGUAAGAGUCAAUCUAGUCAAAGGCUCCAGAGUAUGGGGAAGAUGCCCUUCGAUGUGCAGAAGAAUUCUGAAGACAAUAUACAUAAUAGAAGUGGUGAUGAUAAGUUAGUUGAUGAGCACAAAUGUUUGGAAGAAGUGUGUUCAACCCAUGAAGAUCAGGUCAUGAUAUCUGGUUCAUCUGAAGUUAUGAAUGUUUGCAAAACAUUAGAAGCAACUCCUUGUUCUGCAGUUCAGGACAAUUGUGCCCAAAAUGUGGAUGAAGAGAAGAUUUGUGAAGCCAGGAAUUGUGUUCUUGUUGAUAUUGAGCACUCUUCUUUGUCAAUGCAUGCCAAUGGGUCUUUUGGCCCGGCUGAGACAGUCACUGAAGCAGUUGGAAAUCCACAAAUUGAUGCUCUUCUGGCCCUUGAACAAACCAAAAAAGGAUUUACUGCAUGUACUCUGUGUGUGGAAAAUGUUGAGCAAGUUAAUACUGCAGAAGUUAGCCAUGAAUUCAUUGAUUCAGAAUCCACUCCAGUUGUGGCAGCAGAUAGUGAAAUGGUGUUAGAUGUGAUUCACAAUAUUCAUAAUGAGGAUGACCCUAAACACAGAGAACCAUCGCAUUCUGUUGUUGGUAUAUCCUUGACUUGUGAAGAAAUUCAAGAACUCACGUCUGCCAUUGACAAUGAAGUCUCGUUAGGAAUUGAUCAACAAAAGUUUGCUACGGUAGCUGAUGUUCCUGAUGCGAGGGAGAUAUCUUCACAUCUCACUGACACACCCAAUGAUACUCAUGUAAAUCAUUCAGAAGACUCUUCAGAUCAGCAAAGUGCCCCCUUAAAAGAUAUGGGAACAGCAGAAGCAACUCUGACGACAAUGUUGGUCUUUAAGUCAGCAACUGAAACAUUUGGCUAUGUUGAAGAGAUUAACGAGGCAGACAAGAACUUUUCUGGUUCAUGCUCAGGCAAAUUGGCCUUUGAGGAUAAUAAAGAAACCUUGAUGCUUGAUUCUGAAAACUUCUCACUAUCAGUUGGUUUGCAAGAAAAUAGUGCUGAAUUUGCUCGGGAUCAAAUGAAACCAUCUUUGCGGGCUGACAGAUUGGCUGCUGUUCAAUGUGCUGGCAUGAGUCCGAGGGAAAUUCCCAAAAGCUUAUCUUGUUAUGAUAGUUCACAUGAUGGCUCAUGCUCCCAAAAUCAUAUGAUAGCUAUUCGUCCUGGAGCUAGGAUGCAUGUAGACAAGGAAAUUUCCGCUUCUGAGUAUAUGGCAUCACUAACAGUGGACAAGGAUGCUAGUGAAGUACUUGAUGGUAUGGAUGCUAAAAAUUACUCAGAAAUGGAAGGGGACUGUAAUGCUUCUCUUGAUGAAAAGUUCUGUGAAGAUAGUAUCGACCUGCUCCCACCGACUACUGGUGACCUGCUUGAGAAGCGAGUUGAAGAUAUAGGAAUGGCGGCCAAUGAUAUAGAAUUUCCUUUCCUUUCAGAGGACGUGGAUUCUGAAAUGAAGGUGAUGGAAAAGGUGGCUGUUUUGGAAGUGCAUGAUGGUAUAGAUGCCAAAAAUCAUUUAGAGUUGGAAGGAGACAGUAAUGUUUCUUUUGAAGAAAGGUUCUGUGAAGUUAGUAUAGACCCACUCCCUCCAACCGCUGGUGACCUGCUAGAGGAGCGAGAUGAAGAUAAAGAAAUGGUGGCCAAGGAUAAAGAAUUUCCUCUCCCUUCAGAGGACGUGGUUUCUAAAAUGAAGGUGAUGGAAAAGGAGGCUAUUUUGGAAGUGCUUGAUGGUAGAGAUGCCAAAAAUCAUUCAGAGUCGGAAGGAGGCAGUAAUACUUCUCUUGAAGAAAGGUUCUGUGAAGCUAGUAUAGACCCACUCCCUCCAACUGCUGGUCACCUGCUAGAGAAGCCAGAUGAAAAUAAAGAGAUGGCCACGGAGGAUAUAGAAGUUUCCCACCUUUCAGAGAACUUGGCUUGUGAAAUGGAGGUGACAUCAGAAAAACCUGGUUGUUUGGAUCCUGAGGAGGAUGGAGCUACUUUGGAGAGUCAGUUACAAAUGGAUCACGAAAGCGCAACUCUGCUGAGGCUUGAUGGUACGAUAAUUGAUUCUAAAAGUGGAAUUCAGAAGGUCAUUCUUGAGGUUGUUGGUGAAGAUGCUAGUGAAACUUGUGAUGGCUGCCAUGAAGAUGUCGGACAAGACAAUGAAAGAACAAAAUUCUCUAGUGUAGAUGUUGUUCUUCAGCAAUUUAUUUUUCGUGAAGAAGCAUCAACUGAAACUGUUUCUGAAGAUUUUCAACAGACUGAUUAUACAGACCCUUCCACUCAACUGAAAAUUCAAGAUGGGGACGAAAUGGCUUCGCAUCGUAACAGUUACUCAACUGUGGAUUCCGUUGAUAUUCAUGAUCUUGAGACACAUGAUUCAUCAAAUUUGCAAACUGACUUAGAGAACCAGAUGCAAGCUCCAACAACGUUUGUCAAAGAACGAGAAGUUGUCUCUUGGGAUGAUUCACAGACAUGUGAAACUUUACCAAGAGACUUGAAAAAUUCUACUGCAGCAUAUUUUCCUGUUGAUAUGGGGAAUGUUAGUGGUGAAACUGACGACAGCCACCAUGAUGAUGAGAAAGCCUCUCAAGUUAGAAAUAUUCCUGUUACUGAUGAUUUAGUCUUCCAAUUGUGUUCCGGUGGCUUGCUGCAGCAAGAUAUACAUGAGAAACCAGAUGAAGAUAACUUAAAGGAUGUCUUGGGUCCUAUUGAUUGCGACACAUCUAUUACAGAACCAAAGCAUUUGAUUUACAUCCUGGUAGCUGGAGAUGUUUCAGGAGAAGUUGGCAGUUCGAAUGCUAAUACAACUGUAGCAUCAGAUGAAAACCAGAUAACUGCUUCUCCAUGCAACUUUCAUGAAGAUCGAGACUGUGUGAGCCCAUCAUUAGUAGACGAUCUGAAGUCUGCAGAGGAAACAGAGAUCCAUGCAUUUAAUGGUCAGUUGAUGGAUACUGAUGAAGUAACAAAGCAUGACUUGGCCACUGCCUCUGAUGAUCUGAACAAAGAAAAUAUGGAAACUUCAGAAGGUGAUGUCAUGGCCGAUGAAGAUGGAAAUGGAAACAGUAGAGCUAUGGAGGAAAAUACUCUACAUAAGGAUGUACCCUUUCUCUUGCAAAGAGUUUGUGAUAAUAGCAAUGAACUCCAUUAUGCUGGAAUUGCUGCUUAUUCUUCAGAUAUUUAUGAGAGCCACUCUGGUUUGACUCCACUCCAAAAUGCUUCUUUGCCGUCACAAACUAAAAAUGAUAGAAACAUGGUGAAGUUAUGCACAGCUGCGGAGAUGACCAUUGACAAAAUUGAAAAAAUUGAAGAUAAGUUUGAUAACGACGACAGAGAAGUUAGGAAUUUUGUUAAGGGCAGUGAGCCAACUAUCUCAGAGGUCGAUGCUGAUGAUGCCACAAUGGGACAUGAAUGUGGAGAUGUCUCAGAGAUAGCAGAACAAUCUAUCUGGGACCAAGAUGUUAUGAAGAUUGAAAAUAUGGACAUGGUGGCUAGAUAUGGUAGUGAUGAUAUUGAAGGAGCUCAAGUAGCUAAGGGUGAGAGUGAAAGUACUUCAGUUUUCAAUAUCUGUGAAAAUUUCAAGGAUGGUGAAAAUGCAAAUGGAUGUCAAGAUGAGAAUUCCAUGUUUGCAGACAUGAUGGUUGAGAAGGAGAAUAAUACAGAUAUUACAAAUUUAGAAGGAACAUUAGCAGAAUCUCGAUUGUGUGAAGCACCUUCCUCCGCAGGACAGUUAGUUUCAGUUUCAAAAGAACUGUUAUAUAGUAAUUGGACUAUAGAUUCUACCGUGGAUGUUUGCCAAGCUGUUUCAGGGGGACAUGAUGAUAGGGAAAUCUACCAGGACACUAUGAAACAUGAAGUCAACUUUCAGACAGAGACAUCUAAUCUCCAAAAUCAUGAUUAUUCAAGUGAGAGGAUAGACUCUGUGGAUUUUGAAGAAACCAAGGAUUGUGGGAUCAGAGCGAAAGAAAGCACAAAUCUAGAAGGCCAUGAACAGAUUGAAGAAACUUUCCAUGAAACUGAUUGUCAAGAACAAGAAUGUGGUGAGCAGUCUAAUGUGAAUGGUGCAAACCAGACUGAUGCAGGCUCUGCUCUUUUGUCUCCAGCCGCGGAAACCAGACAAACUAUUGAUCCUGAACCUCAACAUCCCUUGGCAAAGGAAACAUUAAUCAACAGUUUGGAUUGUCAAGCUUCAGGCUUGUCCUGUGAUGAAAGGGGGUUAUUUCAGGAUAUCACUUUUCCUGAAAAUGACGAUGAGCAAGGUCUUGGGAAUGAAAGGGGGGAUGAAUUGUGCUCUGGGAAAGUGAAGGAUCAGAAUGAUGUACACAAAUUGAGCAACGAAACUUCGGUUGUGGAAAAUACAUCCGAUGAAACCGAGAAUAAUUCCAAUGGGAUUGAAAUUUACAGGAUGGAGGAAACUAAAUGUAUCUUAAAUCAAUCAUCAGCCUUCCAAGAGCCAGUUUGUGCGGAAAGUGCUGAUCAAGCUGAGGAAUCAAUGAAUCAAGAAAAUCAAUCUGUUUCAUCGUUUGAUUGUUCUCCUUCAAAAUUCAGAAACCAUGCAAACACUGAUGACUCUGGAAUUGACUUGUUGGAUGAGAUCAACCACAAGUUGAUAAAUUUCAACAUUUCCAGUGCAAAUAAAUUUAAAAAAGUCCUAAUUCAUAAAACACCAAUGCAGCUUCUUGAUGCAUUGAGACCUCAAACUCAAAUUAGUGAGUUGAAGAACAAGGAGAACGCGCCACUAGUGAAGAUCGAGCAUUCGAUUAUUCGAACUGUUGAAAAAUCAAGAAGGCCUCUUCAAAGUCUUCAGAACAAUGAAAAAGUACAGCAACCAUGAAAAGUGUAGAACAAAUGUGUGUGUGUGUGUGUGUUUUGUUCUUUUGAGGUUUCUCAACACAUGGUUGAAGGUUUAACUGAACAUCUUAUUGAUUUGAAGGACAGAAUGGCUGUUGUUGUUUUAUCAAAGUUGGGAAUGAUUUUUGCAACUGAUUUGUUGUUAUAAAUGAAUAUGCAAAUCAAAUUUGUUUGCUUUGUGA